GAGACUGAACACGCACGCGAUCAGAUUUCGGGAACAUGAGGACCGAGGACGGUUUCGCUCGCAGUUCGUAACAGUUUCUCCUUCAGAGGGAAGAUGUGCUUUAUGAACAUUCAGGAAUAUUCAUCAGACCACCGUAAGCAGAUCUCUGCGAGGGACGAAUAUCAGAAUACGUGACAGUUGAAGCUGCGUGCUGAAGAUGGAGGCUGUGGCAGGUUCUCCGAGGACGGCUAUGCAGCGCUUCGGCCACGGCGGCAUGAUGCUCCUGCCGUGGACCAAGCAGAUUCUGGCGGUGGUGUGGGAGCAUUUCCGCCUGCUGCUGCAGGUCAUCUGCUACAGUCUGAUGGCAGUGUUUCAGAUGUUUAGGUUUGAGGUUCAUGUGAGAAUCACGGAUGAUGCAGGGGAGCACAUUCAGCACAUUAGCAGUUCAUCCAGAGAUGCCCCUGAUGGUUUCCUUCUGUCAUCCUUGUUCGAAAACAACAAAAGUGGGGAUCCUUUCGACUUGGACUCUCACUCUCGCUCUGUUCUGUCCAGCCUGGUGAACGACGAGCUCUGUUGCUCUUUGGUGGAUGACUUUGUGUCCCGUGCGACAGAGUGUCUCUCAGACAGUGAGGAGCUUUACAUAGGAGAGCCCUGCAGCUGGAAACACAGCUGGAAUGUGCUUACGGGUUCUGAAGGCGCGUACAAAGAUGACCUUUGCCCCGUUGCUUUUACUGCUUGUGUGUCGAGUCUUUAUCAGAAGGACUUUCAAAAGCAGGAUGAUCUUUUGGCAGGACUCGAGCGAAGUUUAUCUAGUUCUUCUACAGACAGCAGCCACAGGCCUUGUCAGCAAGAGUCAGGAGGCCAGAGUUCAGACAGUGAGGUCAGCUGGGGUGGCUCCGACAGCUCCUGUGUGGAGGUGGACAAAGAGGACAACGACAGACUUUGGGACCUUCUUACCAAGUCCACUGAUCCAUACCAUCCUCUGCAUUUCACAGCAUGUGUGUCCAGUGCAGUUACUGACCAACGGAGAGCACAAGAAAGCUCCAGCACUGGUCAAGAAAAGCAUAUGUCUUCAGCAUGCCAGUCCAGUGCAUCUCUGAGCUCGGACACUAGCGAGCAAGGAAGUACUGGAACUGUCUCAUCAGAAGAUGAAGAGGAUUCCUUGUGGAAGUCUCUGUCCCUGAACGAUGACCCAUAUCACCCUUUGAAUUUCAGAGCUCCUCUUCACAGCCGAGCAGCCUGCAGCACACACGAGCGUAAUGGGAACCUGGACCAUGCUGUAGGUUCACCUGACAACUGUAAGCAAAGCCUUAAAACAUCCAGAGACUCAGCAGAUACUACAUGCAAAAAGCCACUUUUGCCAACAAGACGAGUAGUCAGUCACAAAUGCCCUCAGCUGUCUCUGGAGAAACCUUCUAAAGUGCCCUGGAAAAGGCUUCUAAAGAAGACAGCUGAGAGUAGCACGAAGAAGGAGAUUCUUAUGGUGAAAAGGGUUAAAUUCUCUCCCAUUGUGCAAGUUCACAAGAUGCGAGCCUGGUCCUUUGCCCUUCAGGCAUCUCGUAAGGGGCCAUGGGAGGAGCACGCCCGAGAUAGGGAUCGAUUCCAGAGGAGAAUUUUGGAAACUGAGCAGGCCAUUGGAUACUGUUUUAGCCUGUCGCAUAGGAAAAAGCUUGCAGCCUAUCAACAAAACACACUGACCAAAUAAGCACUCAUAGAAUUGCUUAUAUCCAGACUUUAAACUGACUGAGAUGCUGGGCUGUGUAGUUUUCUUGGCCAGCCAGUAAUCUUUUUCCAACUUAACAGCCAUACCUCAGCUGUGUGUUCAAAACACAUUUUCCAACCUCAUAUGUCAUCAGAAUGUUUUUUGGGUUUGUUUUGUUUUGUUUUGUUUUUUUCUG